AUGGAGAUUUUAAAUAAUGAAGAAAAUAUAAAUAUUGAUGCUUAUAAGGAUGUUGGUUGUUUACUAAUAUUUGGUAAUAGUUCAAGUGGUGAAUCAAUAGUAGAUUCUUUCCCACUUUACAACGGAGAGAAUAUGAUUGAUAAUGUUGGUAAUCAAAGUGGUAUGGGUGAUAUCUCAAUUCAUCAUAAUUCAUCAUCAUCUGAAUGUGCAGUGAUAUAUUGCGAAAAUGGUGAGUUUUUUGUUGAAGAUCGGGGUAUUAAAAAUGGAACAUACAGAAAUAAACAAAAUAAUAAAAUUCUUCCUUUUUGUAAAUAUGAAGUUAUCCCGGGUUCUAUACUCUAUUUUGGUAAUGUUAAAGUAAAACUAAUUAAAUAUGGUGAAUGUUCUGAAGGAAUAUCUACACCAAUAUGGAAUAGAGAUAUUAAUCUAGAACAAACACAAAUUAGUGAAGAGAAUUUUAAUUUUAAGGAAAAUACCAAGCAUAAUAAAGAAAGUAAUAACAAUAAAUUUUCUGAAAAGAUGAAAAUAUCGGAUGAAUUAAUAAAAGAUAAGCAUAUAGAUGAAACUCAAAAGCUAAAAAAGUGUCGGAAUAACGAAACUUACCCAAAUGUUCUUCCAGAUAAAAAAAAGAAGAAAAAAGAAACUGACUCAGUUUUUAAACCUGUUAAUAAUAAAUUAGCUAAUGUUUGCUCUUUUGUUAAAGAAAAUUCAUCUGAUGAAGUAAUUAAUACAAGGGAAUAUUCAAAUCAAAUAACAAUAAUAUGGACUGGUUGCUCACCAACAAACAAAGAUACUGAUAUUUUAGAGAGAUAUAAUAUUCAAACAAUUGAACAAGAGGAUUUUGAAUUGAUGUAUAAUUCCGUAACUCAUUUAAUUGCUCCCUCUAUUAAAAGAACUUUAAAAUUUUUAUGGGCUGUUUGUAAAGGUAUAUCAAUUAUAACACCUCAGACCUUAAAGGCUGCUUUAGCUUUGAAAUCAUAUGAUUCAAUAAUUACUGCUAUAAAUAAAGCUCCUUUAUUAUAUGAUUCUGCAGGGGAACGCAAAUUUGGCUUUCAAUUAUCAAAUUCUAUUAAUAAAGCACGUAAAAAACCACUGUUUGAAGGAUUUUAUAUUUUCAUUUGUUCUUCAAUUAAAUCUCCAUCUCCUAGUGAGCUUACCUGGUUAUGUAAAUCUGCACAAGCAAGAAUAAUAACAUCUACCAGUGAAUUCAAAAAUAUACCACAAUCAAAAUUAAUUAUUAUAGGCAAUGCUUCUGAUAUUAAAAUUCAUAAGUAA